CAAAACCGUGGACGAUAGCCUAUGAUUCGGAACAAAAACAAAUUUAAAUGAAAUGCGAAGAAAUAAUGAAUAUCUAUUAAUUAAAUUACACUUUCGAUUUUUUAAUUGAUAUAUUCUAUAAUUUAUUUUCAAAAACCCAAUUAUAGACAGCUAUACAUAUUUCAAUCACGUGAUAUCUUAAUGUUCCAAAAUGGCGGAAGUGAAAGUGGGUGGGAAAUUUAUGAUGAUAACAUUGCCAUGAUUUAUGUGUUUGUAACUCAGUUUAACAACUAGCAAAACGAAGAUGCACUUCUCGAUACCAGAUACGCAAGAACUUAAAGAUGAUUCGGGGUCACCGUACACGAGCUUCAACGUCCAUAUAAAUGGGGUUUUUCACUGUAGUGUUAGAUACAGUGCUCUACAUCAAUUUCAUGAACAGCUUAAAAAGGAAUUUGGUGGAUUGUCAAUGCCACCAUUCCCACCAAAGAAAUUUUUGUCAUUGACACCUCCCAAAGUGGAAGAGAGGAGACAGAUGCUGGAGAGGUUUAUUCAGAUCAUAAGCCAGGACCCUCAGAUUUCAAAUACUGACACAUUUAAUGGAUUUUUCCUGAAAGCACAGCAGGAGACCCAGAAAGAGGCCUCAGAGGCUUCCUCCCUGGACGUCUAUCUGAUGAAUGGCCAUAAAAUUACUGUCAAAAUCAUGUCCACAGACCAAACAGACGAUGUCCUAGAGGCUGUUGCCUCACAGGUAGAACUGCCAGAUGAGUUUGUCUACUACUUUGGUUUGUUUCUUGUUCAAAAAGAGGAUGGUGGAGAUAAUUCCAUUGUGAGGAAACUCCAAGAUUUUGAAUCCCCAUACAUUUCCCUAAAGUAUGCAAACAAAGUGGGUUCCCACAGGAUUGUUCUGCGUAAAAGUGUCUGGGACCUGGCGUAUGAAGAUGAAUUGGUUGACAACAAAAUCUCAAUGAAUCUCCUCUAUGUUCAGGCAGUCAGUGACAUUGAAAGACAGUGGACACUUGGAACAAAGGAACAACUCCGUCACUUAGCAACCUUACAACAGAGGGGCUCCAAACGGGAGUAUCUGCGCCUAGCGAGGACUAUGAAGUACUACGGUUAUAUACAGUUUAAACCCUGUGAAACUGAUUAUCCCCAUCCCCAUUCCAGAGUUUUUGUAGCUGCAGGGCAUCGAGAACUCAACUUUAGGAUACAGACUGACUCAAGCACAAUGAAAGAAGGAAGUUUUAAAAUCACCAGGAUGAGGUGCUGGAGAAUCACGACUUCAAUGCCUGAAUCUGAUAGUCAAAUAGCCAUUGGUGGUCAGCCAAGCAAAACCAGAUUGGAACUGUCAUUUGAAUAUUUAAUGGCAAAAGACACUUUGAAAUGGAUCACCAUCAGAACAGACCAGGCAAUACUUAUGAGUAUGUGUUUACAAUCAAUGGUGGACGAAUUGAUUAUGAAAAAGCAGGGGAAAAAGAUGAAAAAGCCACAAGAUAGAUCCAAGAUGGAUCCUCAGACCAAUCAACAACAAAACAAUUUCUCAAGCAAAGCUGUAAAUGAAAAUUCCAAGGGGAAGGAUAAGACAUUUGUUGAGAACAAUGCUUUUGAUACCAUUGGUGACGAUGACCUUUAACCUCCACUCCAGGUCAGCCUAUGGAGUAUCUCCUUCCUGAGACACACGUGAUAUUCACUUACAACAUCUAGUCAGAGGUUGAUUUAGAGAGCUGGUAUAAUGAUGUUCAGAUACAGAGGUGCUAAGCAUACAAAUUGAUUACUAUUGGAUUUGUGUAUGUUAUGAAUUAUGUCGCAAUGCACAGUACCACAAUAGGUAUUUGUAUGUCUGUAGUAGAAAUGUUGUACAUACUCGGAUGUAUAAAGUACAUUCCAAUCCAUUUUUUUUUUAAAAAAUAUCGUACAUGGGGAAAGUGAAUCCUUUGUGAAUAAAUGUUGGUCCCGAAGCAAAGUAGCAUCCCACUUGCCCUUGCCAUGCUGUUAUUUGUGAUCAAGUGUUGGAUCAGUAAUGUGACUUUGUGAGGAUAACAAAUGUUAACAUUAAUUGUAACCUGUACAGAAUACAGUAUCUCAAAUAUCAGUUUCAUUCUGCGAUGAUCAUCACACAUAUUAAAUGUUCUCGUGUAACAUAUUUGAUAGUCAUUAACUGUGAGUACAUUUUAUUGGAAGUUUUUUGAACAACAGAAUUGUGGCAGUAAACAUGUGUAUGUGCAUUGUGUUGGCUUUCAUUCAAAACAAAUUGCCUUUAAAUCAAAAUUGUUUUCAAAAAACUUUUGAAAAGGAAUUUGAUAUUUAUGCAUGUGCAUUUAUGUACACCUGUAUUGGAUAUGUAUAUGAACAAAAGUACCACUGCAUUUGAUAUUUACACCAUACAGGUACCUACAAAUGUACAACUGUCUGAUAUUUAUAUACAUAGAUGUACAAUUGUAUUUCUUAUGUACAAAUCACAACUGUAUUUGCUAUUUACAUGUAUAUGUAACUACCUGGUCACUGAACAUGAACUGUUUAAUUUACAAGAUGGUCAAGAAUUUGUUUAAAUGAAACAAAAUAUUUUACAUAUCUUUCAUAUGACCUAGGAAGCAUGGUUAUAAUAACAAAUGAAUUACAUUGUAUCACUCACUCACUUGUGUUCAUUUUAAGGCUUUUGGGCAUGCUUGAAACUGCAAGUAAAUGAAAUUUUCACAAAUUUUCAUCCCUACAAAUACUAAAAUUACACAGUAGAGUAAGUAAACAACUCUCCUUGCAUGAUGUUUUUAAGAUCCCAUUUUGUCAAACCAGAAAAAUAUGACAUCACAAAAAUAUAUGAAUUGAUAGCAUUAGACAAUAGUAUUAGUGGAACAUUGAGUUGUACUUUGAUGUGCAUACAUGUAUUGACAGUAUAAUUAUCAAAUUAAGGUUGAUCGAUCCUCAUGUGAUGUCAUAGGUUUUUGCAAAAAUCUUUAUUAAAUUAAACUUUGUGCAUGAUAGAAAUCAGGAAAUAUAUCGUUCAAAGGAAUUUUAAUCACUGCAUAAAAUAAAUCUGGUAAACUAUUGAUAUUGAAAAAGUUUAUAUUUUAUAAUUUUAAAAAUUUCAAGGGCAAUAACUCCUAUGCUGGUAUUCCCUCUACUGUAUGUCUAUUAUACAUGAUUUCCCAAAUAUCCACAAUUAAUUUCUACAUAUUUAUGAAUUAGCAGGUUUUUUUUUAAAACUGUUGACAUUUAGAAUUUGUCAUUUCAACAAGUUUUUAUCUAUUUUGAUUUUUCUGUUUAACGAAAUUGUGUGAUUUUCUUAUGUUAAUGCAUACUUCUGUUUUUGUAUGUCUGAGAUCUUUAGAAAUAUGGCAACAUACACAUUUUUGUUGGUCAAUAACUGAAUUUAACUAUAUUGAUUGGAAAUUAAAAUAGUUUUUUCACUUUCAACCAUUCAUAUUGAUAAGUCACAUGAGGAUCGAUCAACCUUAAAUGCAGUCCAAACUAUGUUUAAAUACCGUAUUAGUGAAAUUUUUAGCGAGACACAUUUAGUGAUUUUUCCAUAAAAAUGGUUAUAUAUAUUUAGUGAGAGCUAAUUUUAAAGACUUUAUAAUUCCAAGAAAGAUAACUAUUACCUACGAUAUGGAAUAAAUUGUUAAUGAUUUUAAAUUUUACCGAUCUUAACACCCUCACUUACCAUGCCAAAAUUAAGUCUUCACUAAAAAUUCUGCUUAUACGGUAUAUUUCAAAUUUUGUUAUCACGCAAUCUUGUUCAUGCACAACAUUCUGAACCAUAUUGGCCAGUGCAAUUUUAUAUCGUUACCAUGUAAUAGUAAUGAUAAGUUAUUCACACAGAUUUUAUUAGUGAUUUAUUUUGUGUGUGUAUGUAGCCUUGUUAAUUACCAUGUAGAUGGGGAUCUCUUUGUUCAGAAUAUGUCAAUCUGUCUGUAUGGAGUCCCCCCCUUUAACAAUAUGGUUUGUGUACCUCGUUCUUUUUUGCCCUCGGUUUAUGGACCAGGGACAUUUGGCAUUUGACCCCUCUGUCCAGUUCAAGUUUAAAUUUGUAAAAGCCCUAUAAACUGAAUAUUUUUACUGGAGACUUUAAACAUGCAUCAAUUAAUCAUGAGAUUAUAAAAAAAAUGGAAGCCCAAGGGAAAUGAUGAACCCAGUACUAGUGCACAUCCUAUUUAUAUACUUAAGUUAUGUCCAAUAGAAAUGCUGUCUGUAAUACACUGAUAGUUGUAUGAUCUAUUAUAUCUUUGGGGGGGGGGGGGGGGGGGGGGAGUGGUCACAAUGCAAACACUUAUGUUUAAAGUUUAGAACAUUCUGAUAAAAUGUAGACCUUUACAAACAAAAGGAGUUUUGCUUCUGAAUUCCAUCAUUUCUCACCUUGUACUUGUUUGUAGGUUUCUUUCCAUUAAUUAUUAACCAAUGAGGUAUGAAUUAUUCAAUCUGUCUGUUUUUACACAGGUUCAACUUGCAAUCAAGAUUAAAUACCUAAAGAAUUGUUAAAGACAAAGUGAGACCAGACAUCAGACAUUUUUUUUUCAAGUGUUAUGCAUGAACCCCUUUAAAUGUUGAAAAUAUCUGCAGAUGAUUGGAGCUAAAUUAUUCUAUACACAUUUAUGUUAAAGAGGACAUGAAUUAUGUUGAAAUGGAACAGCCCUAAAUUAUUCUAUACACAUGUAUGUUAAGGAGAACAUGGAUUAUGUUGAAAUGAAACAGCCCUAAAUUAUUCUAUACACAUGUAUGUUAAGGAGAACAUGAAUUAUGUUGAAAUGGAUAAGCCCUAAAUUAUUCUAUACACAUGUAUGUUAAGGAGAACAUGGAUUAUGUUGAAAUGGAACAGCCCUAAAUUAUUCUAUACACAUGUAUGUUAAGGAGAACAUGAAUUAUGUUGAAAUGGAAGGUAGUGUUAAGUAGAACCUGCAGCAUUUUUUUGUCAGAUGUCUUUCAAUAUAUCAUCAAUUAUUAACAUAUGUUUAACUCUUUAAUUUCAAUAAUGUACAAUUUGUUCAGAUUUAUCAGCAGAAUCGUAAUUCUAGGUACACCCUGUUAUAGUGUUCUGUUGUUUGUCAAGUUAAAGUUUUAAGUUGUAUUAGACUUGUAUAUUUCAGAGUUUAGAAUACCUAAUAUCAAAAGCAAGUGCCAUAGUUGAUUGUUAAACUUGAAGGAUAGUAAGUUUCAUACACGUUAAUGUAUAUAUAUCUUUUUACUUAUAUCACUAGAUUUUGAUACCCCGGUUUUCAGGAAAAAUCAGUCUGUUGACAACCAGAAUCAAACUCUGUCUUAAUGAAGUUUAUAUAUUGCUGUUAUUUGUCAUUCCAUUCCCAUGUACAGAUUGUCUUUGAGACAGAUGAAAAUAAAAUUUACAAAGAAUAUUA